UUAGGCUGCCGAGAUCUGCGCGCUUCACUCGCCUCGACAGUGAUUCUGAGUCUGCUUUUAAGCUUCCUUCUCCUUGGCAUUUUUCUGUUCGUGAACAGCUGCUUGGCCCAUAGUUUAGAGAAAGCAGCCUUUUUUUUCCCCCCGUCCCAGGAGAGUCUCCUCUCUGUGCUCAGAGGGAUGGGGAGUGGGGAACCUAAUACUGCUGGCAAGAAAAAGAAAUACCUCAAGGCCGCACUGUAUGUAGGUGACUUGGACCCAGACGUCACUGAGGACAUGCUAUAUAAGAAGUUCAGGCCUGCUGGCCCUUUGCGCUUCACCCGAAUCUGCCGUGACCCAGUGACCCGCAGCCCCUUGGGCUACGGCUAUGUUAACUUCCGCUUUCCUGCGGAUGCUGAAUGGGCUCUGAACACCAUGAAUUUUGAUUUGAUUAAUGGCAAACAAUUCCGCCUCAUGUGGUCUCAGCCAGAUGACCGCUUAAGAAAGUCUGGAGUUGGAAACAUCUUCAUCAAAAACCUGGACAAAUCCAUAGACAAUAGGUCCCUUUUUUAUUUAUUUUCUGCUUUUGGGAACAUUCUCUCUUGCAAAGUCGUAUGCGAUGAUAAAGGCUCAAAAGGUUAUGCCUAUGUGCACUUUGACACCCUGGCUGCAGCCAACAGAGCAAUCUGGCAUAUGAAUGGAGUGCGACUCAACAACCGUCAGGUGUACGUUGGCAGAUUCAAAUUCCCGGAAGAGCGGGCAGCAGAAGUCAGAACCAGGGAUAGAGCAAGUUUCACCAACGUUUUCAUUAAAAACUUUGGCGAGGACAUGGAUGAAGAAAAACUGAAGGAACUUUUCAGUGAAUAUGGGCCAACUGAGAGUGUUAAGGUGAUAAAAGAUGCCAGCGGGAAAUCCAAAGGUUUUGGAUUUGUGAAAUAUGAGACACACGAGGCUGCCCAAAAGUCUGUGCUAGAACUGCACGGGAAGUCCAUUGGUGGGAAAGCGCUUUAUGUGGGGCGAGCGCAGAAGAAAAUUGAACGCCUGGUUGAGUUAAGGCGGAGAUUUGAACGUUUGCGAUUAAAGGAAAAAAGGCCUCCAGGGGUGCCUAUCUAUAUUAAGAAUCUGGAUGAGACCAUAGAUGAUGAAAAACUGAAGGAGGAAUUUUCUUCCUUUGGAUCAAUUAGACGGGCCAAGGUGAUGACGGAAGUGCAGCAAGGCAAAGGGUUUGGUGUGGUCUGCUUUUCCUCUUUUGAAGAGGCUACCAAAGCAGUAGAUGAGAUGAAUGGUCACAUAGUGGGCUCCAAGCCCCUGCAUGUUACCCUGGGCCAGGCCAAGUGCAGGUGGUGA